UGGCAGACCAGUAUGACGUGGACAAAAUAAAAGGCACCGAGAAGCGCUUGGAUAAGCGCUGCUAAGAUGUAACCGACAUCGACCUGGCGCAACAGACGCAAUGGACAGGCUGACAGAGCGGUUCAAGACACUGGGAGGCAGGUGAAGCCCUAGAUCAAGAGACUGCCAACGCAGCGACUAACACAAACCAACACGGCCAGAGGACGCCCACCACUUGAAGCAGAAAGUGGGAAAGUUUGCCAACAUCUUCAACCCCAACCACCGUCAUGACGAGGCGCACGAAAUAGCUACCGACAAGAAGCGAACGGCCAUCGCCGAGUCGCAUCGCUUCGGGUCCUUCGCCCCCGUGCACGAGGGAAACAAGCUGAAAUGGUAUGUGGAUGGACGGGAUUAUUUCUGGGCUGUCUCGGUAGCGCUGGAACAGGCAAAGGAGACCAUCUAUCUUGCAGAUUGGUGGCUAUCUCCAGAGCUCUUCCUUCGUCGACCCCCCUUUUUCAACCAGGAAUGGAGGCUAGACCAAGUGUUGAAGCGUCGGGCUGAGGCUGGGGUCAAGAUCUACGUGAUUGUAUACAAAGAGGUAAACCAAGCCUUGACCUGCAACUCGGCCCACACAAAACAUGCCCUGCGAGCGCUGUGCCCAGAAGGAUCACCUGGACAUGGAAACAUACAGAUUCUCCGCCACCCAGACCACAAUUUCUUCGAGAACGCGGGCGACAUGACGUUUUACUGGGCUCACCACGAGAAAUUCAUCGUCAUAGACUAUGCCCUCGCCUUUAUUGGGGGUCUGGACCUCUGCUUCGGGAGAUGGGACAGCCACCAGCAUGUGCUAUCUGAUGUGUAUCCUGGUGGCAUCCACAAUGAGAUCUUCCCUGGUCAGGAUUUCAACAACAAUCGCAUUAUGGAUUUCAAAUCAGUUGAAGACUGGCUACAAAACGAACUGGACAAGUCCAAGUAUGCGCGGAUGCCAUGGCAUGAUGUGGCAAUGGGUGUCAUCGGUGAUUGUGUCUACGAUAUCGCGGAGCAUUUCGUUCUGCGAUGGAACCAUGUGAAGCGUGAUAAAUACAAGCGCGACCCAGCAGUUGACUGGCUCGAAUUGCGUGGCCGCCAGGGCGAGAAUGAGGAUCUUGUUGGUGUACAACGUCCCAUUUAUCCAGUUGGCAAAUAUCGACUGCACCCACUUUCUCCACUGGAGUCCAAACCCCAAGGAAUCCAAGGUACUGUCACCGCUCAGAUUGUUCGAAGUAGUGCAGACUGGAGCAGUGGAAUCCUGGUUGAACAUAGUAUUCAAAAUGCGUAUGCGGAGUUGAUUGGAAAUGCACAGCACUUUGUCUACAUGGAGAAUCAGUUCUUCAUCACUGCCACUGGCGACCAGCAAUCCCCAAUUCAAAAUACAGUUGGACGGGCAAUGGUCGACGCAUGCGUGCGCGCGGCCAAAGAAGGCCGAAAGUUCCGCAUCAUCGUUAUUAUACCUGCUAUUCCAGGCUUCGCCGGCGAUCUCAGGGAUACCGAAGCUGCCGGAACACGCGCUAUUAUGGAUUACCAAUAUAAGUCCAUCUGCCGCGGGGAGCAUUCUAUCAUGCGCCAAAUUGAAGCCGCUGUGGAGGGCGUGGAUCCAAAAGAAUAUAUUUCUUUCUUCAACCUUCGGUCCUAUGACCGGCUGAACAGGACUCAGGCCCUAGUCGAACAGGAGAAGAAGACAGGAAAGUCCUACGCGGAGUUACAACGAGCCCAGGCCGAGGAAAUCAUGGAAGAGGGCGUGCAUCCCUCAGUUGACCCCGAAGACGAGCCUGACAAACACCGUUUCCACCUGAAGAGACGCGCCAGUCGCGAAGAACAGGCGCAUCUUGAUCCCGAGUCUACGCGUGCAGAUCUUGAACGUGAAGCGAAAAGUGCUGAUUCUAUUGCCAAAGAUGCCAUGCUCAACCAAGGCAAUGUGUCUGAUGAAAUAUGGGAAGGUAGUGCGGACCUGGAGAAGGAUAAUUUUGUCCAGGAAGAACUCUAUGUCCACUCGAAACUGCUCAUUGUCGAUGACAGAUACGCCAUCUGCGGCAGUGCAAAUAUGAAUGAUCGAUCCCAGUUAGGUUACCAUGAUAGCGAGCUUGCCAUCAUCAUGGAGGACACAGACCUUAUAGAUAGCAAAAUGGACGGCCAAGACUAUAGAGCCGGUCGUCAUAUUGCCACCCUCCGUCGGGCCCUCUGGCGAGAGCAUCUGGGCCUUCUUCCUGCCCAGGACUUGGAUGCGAGCAAUGAUAUCAAUGCGCAGCCUCCUGGAGACCUGCCCAAUGACUAUCGGCCCGGGCCUGAAGAUCAGUUUGUGGAAGACCCUCUCAGCGACGAUCUCUGGUCAACUUGGACAACGCAGGCAACGACGAACACGGAGGUGUUUCGACAGCUCUUCCGCGCCGACCCAGACGAUAAUAUCAGGACAUUCGAGCAGUACGACCAUUUCAUGCCGGGUAGGAAGUUGUGGAAGCAAGGCCACCUGGCCGACCCGUACAUGCCAAUCGAGGAAGUAAAAAAGAAGUUGGAUAAGGUGCGCGGACAUCUGGUAUGGAUGCCGUUGAACUUCCUGGACCAGGCAGAGAUGGCCGAGCCAGGGCUGUCCGUGAAUCAACUGACCGAGAGUAUCUACACGUAAGCAUGCUGCAGCACCAGUCCCUGCUUAUUUCAAAAGCAGCACAUACACAUUGUCUUCUGUUGAGAAAUCGUUACUCAGUUAAGUACGGAAGCUGGCUAUGUAACAUACACACCUACACUAACGAUUACUCGUCUGCAAAUACUCUGACAAACGAGGAACUUGAGAUGUGAAAGGAUAUAUGGGGUGAUUGAGUUGGGCACUGCACCGACUUCAGCUGUCUGGGAAAGAGAUUGAUCGCAGGAGAGGGUUGACCAGGAGACCCUGGUGAAAGUCUGUUCUAUUGAAGGUCUGUGUUGAUAGCUGUCAUAGGGCAAUGUAUAGUCUCAGGUAGUAACAACUUACCAAAUCCAUCAAGCCUUCACGAUCCUCUCUACAACAUCCAGCCCAGUCAACCUCUUCAGCAUACCAUCCAAAGCCGCAAACGGCAGUACACUAACCAGUCGAGCAAACCAGGCUUGCUCUCCUCUCCAGAUAACCAUCGGCGGGUUCUUCCCAAGCAAAUCCCCCACUACAGCCUUUGCCCAUUGCGCUGUCGGCAUCCCUGUCUUCUCAAACUCAACCUGUCUAAGUGCUCUCUCCGCCCAUUAUUUUAUUUAGCGUCGUUCUGAUUUUCUAACCAAGUUGGAACGUACAAAGCCGGUUUUGAGAUCCACGACGGUUGUGCCGAGAAUACCGGCUCGAGUCGGAGGGUGUCAGAUAACAUGGCGAUGGCGGUUUUGGACGCUGUAUGCACGCCUCUAAAGGGGGGUACAGCGACGGAGCCCGCGGACGAUUGGUUUACAAUUAUACCACCAUGUGAACUCCUCACUAGCAAGGGCAAACACGCCUGGGUCUUCCCAAUAUAGCUCCAAACAUUCAGGCCGAACAACCUUCCUCAUCAGCAAUGUCAACGUCAGCACCGGGCAUGAGAUAUUCGGAGCCAGUAUUGUUAAUCAAGAUAUCGAGAGAAGGCGGUUUAGACACAGCUGUAUUGAUAGACCCGGUGGAGAGGACGUCGAGAGUCAUGGUUUCGAUGCCAGCUGACGGACACUGGGCCAACUUGGAGGGAUUAUGGGCCGUGGCAAACACCCCGGGACCAGAGGCAUGGGAGGCGAGGGCGAGGGAGGCACUGAGGCUGCCCUCAGAACAGCCCGGUUAUUAAAACGGUGCGUUGGGGAAGAAAGAUGUUAGACAAUCAGCUCUGGUUGCCGUAGGAGAAAAAAGACUGCACGGGAAAAAACGAUGGACUAAACCCUAGGUUGACAGGAAAGGAUAGAACCCAGCAUGUUUCUUUCUUCCUGUCUGUGGUCUUACAUAUGGGACAAGAUUUCACCUGCGAUUCGGUCAAUAUCAAGCCGGGAUGUAUCACCGGUAGGAAACCUGCAUAUUGAGACAUGAGACAUGGUCCGUGAAAUCUGCAGUCUGGGUUCCAUUCUCCCUACAACCGCUCUCUGGAUAUUUCUAAUAUGACUUUGGAAGACCAAGAAUCCUCUCCCCAAUGUAGUUACAGAUCAUGUCCCUGCUGACUGGAGCAAUCCGCGGAAUAAACACCUCUCUCAAGUAUCUCUCGACAUGAUACUCCCUUGCAUAGCCCAUUCCACCGUGCACAAGGAUGGCUCGUUCACACGAUUCAAAGGCUGCUUCGGCCGCAAGGUAUUUUGCUGCGUUGGCAUAUUCCCCUCCAGUAUGACCCUGGUCAUACAGGCGUGCAGCAUGAUACACCACCAGACGGGCUGCUUCCAGCUUCAUCCAGCUGUCAGCUAAUGGAUGCUGAAUGGCCUGAUUCUUCCCAAUCAGUUGGCCAAAAACCCGCCUCUCGUUUGCAUAGAUUGCUGCACGGCGAAGGGCGGCAUAUCCAAGACCGAGCGCCUCUGCAGCAAUCAGGAUUCGCUCUGCGUUCAUUCCAUGCAGGAUCAUUUUAAAG